AUGAUCAUUACAGAAGCCUUCCUAGGAGUGGCCUUCAUCUCUCUGACCGUACCGGAGGAAAUUGCAGGCUAUCGAAAGGCAGGGAUUUUUGAGUGGACUAUUGCAUUCCUGGGGACUAUCUAUCUUUGGUUAUUUUGUGGGUUCCUCGACCGAACCAAUUUCGACGGCUACGUCCCAAGCAUGCUUUAA